AACCUGGUUUCCUUCCGGCAGAAUUAGGAGUAGCACCAUGGCAACAAACUGCGGAGGGAGUGUGGAAACUGUCAAAAAGAAUAAAGAGGACAAAAAACGCCUUCGGAAGGAAAUAAAAGUUAGCCAUACGUUAUUGAGACAUGAAGGUAUUAAUACGGUGUCGUUUCCGACAAAGAACCUGGCAGUGGCUAACGGGGGCCUCGGAAACGGCGUGUCCCGAGAGCAGCUGCUGCACGUGCUGGGACAGUGCGGCCACGUGGAGUGCCUGCUUAUGCCCCCCAACAAGCCCUAUGCGUUCGUCAGCUACGGGACUGUCAAAGACGCCAGGCGAUGCCAGACGUCGCUCGGUGGCAGCCAUCUUCUGUGCCAGGGGCAAACUAUCACAUUGUACUUUUGUUUUGUGGAGAAAGUGGACUACAACUACAACUUCACCUGCUCCAGUAUAGAACUUCCUCCUGGCCUCAAGGUGUUGGAGGACUUUGUUACGUCGGAGGAAGAGACUGGUGUCCUGGAAAGUUUGGACUGGGUGUCCCUUAAUAAUGAUGUCACUGCACAGAAGAGUCUGAAACACAGGAAAGUAAAGCAUUAUGGAUAUGAGUUUCUGUAUGAGACCAAUAAUGUGGACAAAGACAAGCUGCUACCUGGUGGCCUUCCUAGUGCCUGUGACUUUGUGCUGGAAAAGUGCUUGAAGGAGAACAUCAUCAACAUUAAACCCGACCAGCUGACAGUCAACCAAUACCAGCCAGGACAAGGCAUCCCACCUCAUGUGGACACUCACUCUGCCUUUGAGGACACCAUCCUGUCGUUAAGUCUCGGAGCUAAGACGGUGAUGGACUUCCGGCACCCCGAUGGACGCUCGGUCGCUGUGGUGUUACCGAGGCGGAGCCUGCUGGUGAUGAAGGGCGAGAGCCGCUACCUCUGGACCCAUGGAAUAACUCCCAGGAAACUUGACGUGGUUCCCGCAGUUGGCGGUGAGCGGCCGGGUGUGGUGACCUGUGACCCUCGUGACCUAACGCUGAGUCAGCGCGACACCAGGACCUCCUUCACCUUCCGCAAAGUCCGGCACACCCCAUGUGACUGUGGGUACCCGUCUGCCUGUGACAGCCAGCAGCCUUGCUGGACCCCCCCGGCCCCCCCCCUCCCUCGCAGCGACACGGAUGCCGCACAGCUGGAGUCGCGGUUCGUGCACGCCGUGUACGAGGAGAUCGCGGGCCACUUCAGCGGCACCCGGCACUCGCCCUGGCCGAGGGUGGCGGCUUUCCUGCGCUCGUUGGCCCCUGGUGCCCUGCUGCUCGACGUCGGCUGCGGGAAUGGGAAGUACCUGGGCGUCCGCCCAGACGUGUUUGCGGGCAAGAUGGGGAACUGGGGCUCCCAGAGGCCCCCAGCGUCGCCUGCCAGCCUGAUUUAUGGCUGGUACACAAAAUGCACGUUAAACAGGCUGCAGGACCAGGUGGAUGCUGCGGUGGGCUGCGAUCGCAGCCAGAGCCUGAUGCAGAUCUGUGCCGAGCGCGGCUUCCAGGCCUUCACAUGCGACGCGCUGGACGUCCCGCUACGCAGCAGCGUGUGCGACGCCUGCAUCUCCAUCGCCGUCAUCCACCACUUCUCCACACAGGAGAGAAGACUGUCGGCCAUCAAGGAGCUGAUUCGCCUGCUGAAGCCGGGGGGGCGGGCCCUAAUCUCCGUGUGGGCGCUGGAGCAGGAGUACAACAAGCAGAGGUCCAAGUACCUGAAGAAGACGAAGGAGGAGAAUGGGUGUCCAGGGAAGGACUGCGGCACCAUCCCACCCCCCCAGGUGCAUGCUGGGAAAGAUGUCUCCUUGGUACAGAACGAUCAGACCACACUGAGCGUACACACCAACCGCACAACAUUCAGCUCUCAGGACUUGCUGGUGCCCUGGCACCUGAAGGGUGUGACACAGAAGAGCCCGGAACCACCGGCUCAUCUCACGGACAGCGUGACGGAGCCCACAUCUGGCCCCAUUCUUCAUCGCUACUACCACGUCUUCUGUGAAGGAGAACUGGAGGACCUGUGUCGGAAGGUCGAGAAUGUGACCGUUCAGAGCAGCUACUAUGACCAAGGGAACUGGUGCAUCAUUUUGGAAAAGACUGAUGCAUGAGGGCAUCAGGAAGUGAUCUUACCGUCUGAUCCCUGGAUGACAGCAAUGUCAGAAUGAAGUGCCACUGUCAGUUUUACUGCAAAAUUUCAAUAAUGAAAUGAAAGAGGAUUAAUAAAAUUUGAAAUAUGA